AUGGAUGACCCAACAUAUACAUGGCCUGCCUGGAAGUUUGGUCUGAAGAGGGAAGAUUUAUCUAACAACCUUCACGAUCAGUACAACACUUAUCUUGCGCCGAUCCAAAGUCCCGAAGCCUUUUAUCACGACAUCUCCGAAAUUGCCCAUACCGCACGUUCUGCCGCCGAGUUUCAUCAUCUAGCCCACGGUCGAAGACAACAGCGACUCAACGAAUUGAACGAGGCCCUCGAGUCUGCAAGCUUCGAGAUUAUUGGCAAUCCAAGGCUCAUCGAGACGGCCCAGUGGGAGCAUGCCAUCCAGCUCUUUCGCACCAACUCUCUCGACUCGCUCGUUCAAUACUUUGCCUCAUAUCUCCCCCAAGAACAUCGUUGGCACCCGUUGCAUCAAGACUCUGUACUGGCAGGCGCUGACGGCAGUGAAGGGUUAAUAAGUACUGGAGUCGGUUUCUUCGAUGGAGUUACGAGUGAAGCAGGUGAACAGAAACGAGGGGAGAUGCGCAACGAUAAUCCACGUCGCAGGGCGAGACCCAGUACAAACAUCUGCUCUAGGGAAGUUGGCUUUGAGAACACCCAUUCAGCUGCACAGAGGAGAGCCUCCUUCGAUCGUCAUACAGAGACAAAGGGACCAUUUCUCGAGUUCACUCCCAAGAACCCGUCAUACACGGUGGGUCUCAAACUCCAACCUGCAGUUCGCAAACGCUACUCGGUUGUAAUGGCGGGAACAUCACUAUGGGAUUACAUCUUUAUGCGCACUUCUAUCUUUGUCUUGCACCUCAUCGCGCCCUUGAGCAUUGUCGUCUCUCUCGUCCUAUCACUAGUCACCCUCCCAUUUCAGAUCCCGAGCCUUCUCAAGGCAUGGUUUAUUCUUGAAGCACUUUUCUACAUCUUCAUAUACCUUCCGCUCAACAGUCAUCUUCAAAAACCCGCAAAUCACCCUACCGCACCCUGUCGAGCUGAUCGCCAAAGACUAUUCCAACAAUGUCAUGACAACAUUCCAGACGCAGGCCAGUAUCUGAGGAGGUGGUUUCGUGAUGCGCCAGAGCAUGAAAUCAAGCGUGAGAACGUCAAAGACUUCUUUCGAUGGGGCUUUUUGAACAUGGAAGAUUGCGAUUCGAUGUAUGAUGACGAGUUGGAGGAGUAUAUUGAGGAAUUGGAGGACCUGCUUGGGAGAAAGUUGGAGCCUGGUAGGGGGGAUGCCAAAUGCUUGCGCAUGACUCUUGACAAGGUCGAGAUGCUUCACAGAAGUUUAACAUGGUACCUGUGCAUCUUUGUUGUCGACACGAUAGCAUCGGCUUAUCUGCUGUACCAUUCCUUCAGCUUUCACCGAACAUCGAUCUCCCAAUUCUUCACCACUUUUCCGCUUCGGCCUCUAAGUCUAGUUACGCCCUACAAAUCCCCCGCCAAGGGGCUCACCUACUGGCACCGUCCACAUACGUCCAAAACAAAGCUACCCAUUCUCUUUAUUCAUGGCAUCGGCGUGGGACUUUAUCCCUAUAUAAACUUUCUAGCUGAAAUUAAUGCAGCCGAUAGUGCAGAUGGAGAUGUUGGCAUUAUUGCUGUCGAGAUCUUAUCGGUGAGCUCUCGCAUCACAGGCUCGGCUCUGUUGAAAGAGGAAAUGUGCGAGGAAAUCCAUCGAAUAUUGUCUUCGCAUGGAUGGGGAAAUUGCGUCUUGGUUUCACACUCAUACGGAAGCGUUGUCGCCGCCCAGCUUCUCCGAGACCCCAAGACCUCCACCAGUAUCGGCCCCGUUGUAUUCAUCGAUCCUGUGUCCUUCUUGCUACAUCUUCCUGAUGUAGCAUAUAACUUUAUAUGUCGACUCCCAAGCGAGACUAAGGAGCAUUUACUUUCCUACUUUGGCUCAAAAGACAUCGGUAUCGCUCAUACGCUAUUUCGGCGCUUCUUCUGGGCCGAUAAUCUACUAUGGAAGGAAGACCUACAAAACCAUCCUGCUGCCGUGGCUUUGGCUAGUAAAGACAGUAUCAUCGAUACGAAAUCCAUUCGGGCUUAUCUUGUUGGUUCAAAAGAUUGGACGCGAAGCCCCCCGACUGAAGAUACAGGAGAAACUGCAAGUGAUGGGAAACUGGAUGUGAUCUGGUUCGAGGACUUGGAUCAUGGUCAGGCUUUUGAUCACAAAACGACACGGCUGCCUCUCGUUGAGGUUGUUAGAGCAUUCUGCAAUGAGCCUGCGAGUUCUAAAGUGGCGGUUAGAAAGAAGUGA